AUGAUAAAGAAUAUCGAAUUAGGCGAUUUAACCGAUAAAAACAUUGGACAAUUAGCUUUGUUAAAUAAUACAACAUUACCAGUAAAUUAUGAAGAAAAAUUCUAUCAAAAACUUUUAACCAAUGGCUUUAUCACAAAAUUAGCAUUUUUUAAUGAUGUUAUGGUUGGUGCAGUUAGUUGCAGAAUCGAUCCACCAAAAGAAGAAUAUGUCGAAGAUUUAUGCAACAAAGAAAAAUAUGAAAAGAUUUCUUUACACGUUCAAAUUGGUUCAGAUGCUAUUGAAUUUUAUAAGAAAUUUAAUUUCAAAGAAGAAGGUUUAAUUAAAAAUUACUAUCGUAAUAUUGAACCAACUGAUUGUUAUUUAAUGUCAAAACCAGUUCAAAUAUCAGCCUAA